AUGGUUCAACCUGUAUCUGAAGGCAUCCUCACGGAUUCUGCCUAUAUACGUCAAAACGAUCGCUUGGCUGUCAGCAAGUUGGUUGGUACCUUGACGAGGGGAGCUGUCCGCUCUCCUUUGGCCCAGUGUCUAUUGAUACGAUACACCAGUCAGAUAAUCCGAGAUAUGUCCAACCACGGCCAGUCUGGGGAACGUCCAUUCUAUGAUUUCUUGGAGAGUUGUCUGCGGCAUAAGGCAGAAAUGGUGAUCCUUGAGGCUGCCAGGGCUAUCACUGAGCUUGACGGUGUGACAAGCCGAGAACUGACUCCAGCAAUCACUGUGCUCCAGCUCUUCUUGAGUUCCCCUAAACCAGUGCUGAGAUUUGCUGCUGUUCGGACUCUUAACAAGGUUGCAAUGACUCAUCCCAUGGCUGUCACCAACUGCAACAUUGAUAUGGAAAGUUUAAUUUCUGAUCAGAAUAGAAGUAUUGCUACACUUGCUAUUACCACACUCCUGAAGACAGGGAAUGAAUCUAGUGUGGAACGGUUGAUGAAGCAGAUAACUAAUUUCAUGUCAGAUAUUGCCGAUGAGUUCAAAAUUGUGGUUGUGGAUGCCAUAAGAUCAUUGUGUUUGAAAUUUCCACUGAAGUAUAGAUCACUGAUGAACUUCUUAAGCAACAUUCUUAGAGAAGAAGGUGGAUUUGAGUAUAAAAGGGCAAUUGUAGAUUCCAUCGUAACCAUUAUCAGAGAUAUUCCAGAUGCAAAGGAAAAUGGAUUGCUCCAUCUUUGCGAGUUCAUUGAAGAUUGUGAAUUCACAUACCUUUCAACACAGAUCCUUCAUUUCCUGGGAAUUGAAGGGCCAAACACCUCAGAUCCAAGCAAGUAUAUCCGGUAUAUUUAUAACCGUGUGCACUUGGAGAACGCAACUGUGCGAGCUGCUGCUGUUUGCACACUUGCAAAGUUUGGGUUUAUGGUUGAAGCAUUGAAGCCCCGGAUUACUGUCUUGCUGAAGCGCUGCAUUUAUGACAGUGAUGACGAGGUUCGUGAUAGAGCAACACUCUUUCUGAGUGUACUUGGUAAUGAUGGCCUCGUUGGCACUGACAAUGAUAGCAUAUCAUUUUUAUUUGGUUCCCUGGAGGCCCCUCUUGUAAACAUGGAGACAAGUCUUAAAAACUAUGAGCCCUCUGAAGAAGCUUUUGAUGUUGACUCUGUACCUAAGGAGGUCAAAUCGCAGCCACUUGCAGAGAAGAAAGCCAAGGGUAAAAAGCCCACUGGUCUCGGUGCUCCACCACCUGCACUUGUUUCUGGUUUUGAUGCAUAUGAAAGAAUUCUUUCAUCUAUUCCAGAGUUUGCCACCUUUGGAAAACUUUUCAAGUCUUCUUCACCUGUGGAGCUAACUGAAGCAGAAACAGAAUAUUCAGUCAAUGUUGUAAAGCAUAUCUUCGAGUCUCACGUUGUGUUUCAGUAUAACUGCACAAACACAGUACCAGAGCAAUUGUUGGAGAGGGUCAAUGUCAUUGUAGAUGCUUCAGAAGCAGAGGAGUUCAGUGAAUUAUCUUCGAAACCACUAAACUCGCUCCCUUACGAUUCCCCUGGUCAGACCUUUGUUGCGUUUGAAAAGCCUGAAGGAGUCCCUGCUGUUGGAAAGUUCUCAAACACAUUGACUUUCAUUGUCAAGGAGGUUGAGCAAAGCACAGGUGAACCAUUGGACGAUGGUGUGGAAGAUGAGUACCAGCUCGAGGACCUUGAGGUUGUUGCUGCUGACUACAUGGUGAAUGUUCGUGUUUCCAAUUUCAGGAAUGCAUGGGAAAACAUGGAUGAAGAAAACGAGCUUGUGGAUGAGUAUGGACUUGGCCCAAGGGACAGCUUAGGGGAAGCUGUAAAGGCUGUAACUGAUCUUCUUGGCAUGCAGUCUUGUGAGGGGACGGAGACAGUUGCGAGCAACGCAAGGUCACACACAAGUUUACUAUCAGCUCAAAAGAAAUUGUAA